AUGGACGCCCAAAAUCAAAUCCAGCUCGCCGAGAAAGCUGAUAACAGGAUCGAGUUGCCCGAAGAGAUGGUCCUGGCGAUCACCAAAUGCCUUCCACGAGCUGACCUGGCUCGAUUCUUACGCGCCUCCAGGCAGGCCCUGCGCAUUGGACACCCGGUCCUCUACACGCUGAGUGUCGACGACUCACUGCUUACGUUUUCAUGGGCGUGUAGAGCUCGAAUGGACUCGGUAAUUGAUUACCUCCUUCCCGGGAUCCUUGCUGCGAAUGAGGAUGACCCGAAAAUAGGCUACCAGGCACUGAUAUACGCGGCCAAGAACGGGCGCACGGAGGUUGUUCGACAGCUCCUCGCCCACAAGGUCGUGCUCGACAAGCCCGAAAUGGGGUUGAGCCCGUUGACGUUUGCGGUUCGCGAAGACCAUGCCGACGUCGCGCGGCUGCUGAUUGCCGGUGGAGUGGACCUGAGCAGCGUCGACCAAAAUAGUCCCCAUAAUUGGAACGUUGAGACGCUUCAGAUCAACACGCGUGAGAGGAUCCUGCACUCCGCAGUAACUUGGGGAAGCGUCGAGGUGCUGAACAUGCUUCUGGCGACGGAUCUAGGGCUCGAUAUCGAUGCGCUAGACGCCCUUGGUCUAACGGCGCUAUGCAAGGCUGCGGAAAAUGGGGACAGAGCUUUGGUCCAGAUAUUGAUUUCCCAUGGUGCGAAUCUCAAUGCUGCUGGUAUUAUAGGAUGCACUCCUCUCCACUACGCCGUACAUGGACAGCAUACGUCGAUCGUGGAAAUCCUCCUCUCGGCCGGCGCGGACCCCGGCGCCCGCGGCCCUGAUGGUGCGUACCCCCCUCCGCCAUUACUUACCGCGGCUAUAGAGAGCCACACCGAGAUUGCCAGGCUCUUACUGGAUCAUGGUGCGGACAUUGAAGACAAAUUCGAUUCCCGCGGUCGAACUGCACUCUCCGUCGCGGUAGACUUUGCCCGCCAGAGUGCGAUACUCGACCUCUUCCUCAGCAGAAAUGCCGAUAUAAACACGCAGUGCGCCCUGGGGAUCACGCCCAUCUCGUAUGCGGCCGGGUGUUUGAACAUGUUCGCGGUGAGGAAGCUCCUUGCGGCGGGGUGCGACCUAAGACCGGACCAUCACGGACGAACGACGGAAUACUUUAUCGUCAAUAAUCCCGCGCUCUGUGGGACUCCGUCGGCAAAGGAGCUGCUGGAUCUUCUGGGGAAGGCGAGGAAGACGAGGGCGGGCCUGGCGCCUCCUCCCAACUCUGCUCCUCCAUCGUAA